UCAAUGGGGAAUUGUUUUUCCAGAAAUCAUCCAAGAACAAGAGAUGACAAAUCCAACGGUUAUAUGGAUGAUGAGGAGCAUUUCCAAGCUGCAAUGUCUCACACCUCGGUGGUGGGAAUGUUUAUCCAAGAUGGGACUGUCGUGGGGACUGAUUCAAGACUCACCGGGUUGAUUAACCGAACACCCUUCAUAUUACGUGGAAAUCCAGCACUGAAAUUGAUGCGGCACAAAGGAUUCGCUAGUGCCGUUAGCGGAUGGUGGAAUGAAGGAUGUGUAAGAAUUCAUGCACACAUAGAAGAAAAAUCCCGAGAGUAUGCAAAUCGAUUCCCCAGAAGGGCGAGAGUUGAUGUGAUCAAUAGAGCUGUUACUUGGGCGGUGAAAAUCAUCCGAAGCUUGGGUAAUCGUAAGGCAGAUUGUACACUCUUCGAGUUCAGUCAAUUUGGGUGUGUUUUCUACCACGAGAAGGAGAGUUGAGCUGUGAAAUUCACCUGAUGGAGACUAGUGUAAACAUUAUGGAUGCAACAGCGGCACGUGAGGUAAUGAGGCAGAACUGGAUUAAUGGAGACUACGACCUCAACGCACUGGAAACGUUAGUCUAUUAUUGAUAUUAUUUGGCUUAGCAAGGCAACACUUUUUGCUUUAUUUCUUGGGUAAUUUAUAAAACUAAAACAUAAUGACUUUCUCAAUAUAGGACCAUAUUUUUUUAUUUCGUAAUGUAGGACCAUUGAUCAUUAUCUAUUAGUCAUUAU